CACGUUUGAACUUGUUCGCGGGAGUUGAUCAGGAAGUGACGCUGUGAGCCGCAGAGUCUGAAGUGUUUACGGUGCUAACAGUGUUGAUUAUAUCGUGAAAGUGUUUUUAUUUGUCUUUUCGGGUGAAUCAUGGACUCUGUGUCAGGCAGCAGCGCGGCUGUCGCAGAUAAGCAGGUGAAUAAGAUGAAGUUGUGCAGAGCAGAAUACAGAAGUAUCAGCAGGUUCAUAGAGCAGCUGCGUCCCACACGCCAGUGCAUGGAGACGCUGAAGACACAGUUUCCACAUCUUCCUCCGUCCACUCUUCUGAGCAUCUUCUCCCAGGAGUACCAGAAGAGAAUGAAGCGCAGCAUUGUGAGACAUCACGCUCCUGACGUGGUUAAAGGAUAUUAUCAGAGGUACCGCAGCGAAGCCAAGACGCAUCCUACGGCCCCGCUUCUGCUGGAGCUCGCCAACGAGGUGGACCUGUCGCCGGCUCUCCUGGCCCGUGUGAUCCUGGAGUGUUUUCUGCAGGAGCGCGAGGCUUCAGUCCCAACCAAACAAGUCCUCAACAACAUGCUGCGCGAGCCGUAUUUAAUUCCUGACCUGCUGUUAGCGAAGCACAUCGAGCAGUGCACAGUAAAUGACUGCUGUUAUGGACCGCUGGUCGACUGCAUCAAACAUGCCAUCGGUCUGGAACAUGAAGACAUUCUACGAGACGAGCUCAGAGAGAGAAGCCUGUCGUUUCUAGAUGAGAACCAGCUCCGUGCCAAGGGCUAUGACAAAACCCCGGACAUCAUUCUGGAGGUGCCGAUAGCUGUUGAUGGUCAUAUCGUUCACUGGAUCGAGAGCAAAGCUUCAUUUGGAGACGACCACAGCCAUCACGCUUACCUGAACGAGCAGUUCUGGAGCUACUGCAACAGGUUUGGUCCGGGUCUGGUCAUCUACUGGUACGGGUUCAUAGUGGAGCUGGACUGCCAGCGUGAGCGAGGGAUCCUGCUAAAGGACGGCUUCCCCUCAGACAUCGUAACCCUGUGUCAGGGGCCAGCGCGGAGCUGACGGGCGUCACGGGGACAUUUGUUGGUGGGGAGGUGAAUCCGGAAGCAAUUUAGCUUUCCUGCAGUGUGAGACUACUGGCAAACAUCUGCCGUGAACUCCCGGUGAACUCCAGCGGGUCGGGAUAAAAACACUGGCGCCUCAGAUCCUGCAGGUAAUGCAGCACUGCCGUACGUCACUUUCAUCUGCCCUCAGACGCUGGGCGGCUCGCGGUCCACUCAAUGUAUGAUGGUGUUCAGGUGUAAUAAAGAUGACUUUUUCAUAUAUUCUGUGUUUAUCUUCUGAAGCUUAGAGUGACGCUCUCCAAAACUUCCUCUUCUGUUGAGAGCCGUAGAGAGAUAACAGAGAUAUAAGAGCUUCCUGUCUGUUCUCUGUUAACCCUGUACAUCCUGACAUAUGAGUCUCAAAAUCUGUUUUUUAAAAUGGAACACUUUAUUAAACCUUUAGACGUUUAAAAAAAGUUUGGGUGCACUUUAUUUUGAUGGUCCCACAUUCUGUUGACUGUAAGUAAAUUAACACCUACACGUCAACUAACUCUCAUUAGAGUAUUAGUAAACUUUCUGCUUAAUAUCUGCUGACACUGUAUUUUGAUGCUCCCAACAGACAUUCUACUAACUAUUAGUAACUUUGCAACUACAUGUCAACUUACUCUACUAACCCGAACACCUAACAGUCUACUAAUACUCUAAUGAGAGUUAGUUGACAUGUAGUUUCAACAUUACUUAGUCAACAGAAUGUCUAAAAGGGACCAUCAAAAUAAAGUGUAAUAAAAAGUUUAUAGCUCAUGUAGUCUGAUAUAGUGAGAAUAUAAAGGAAAAAACAGCUUAAUUUCAUUCAGAGGCUCAAACUGAGCAGAAAUAUGCAGUUUGGUGCAGAUGCUGCCGAUACUAACAUGACAAAAAUGUAAGAUGAAAUUCUGAUGCUUGUAAAUCAAUGACAUUUUUAUAACAGUAUAGCAGAUACUUACAUAAAAUGCAUAUAAACGUGAAAAAAAGACACGUAAAACACGAGCUGAAGGAGGACGUUUGUACUUGAAAAAAGUGUAAACAGAUCAUGUUGAUCAUUUAAAGGCCUUAGAAAUUUGUGUAUCAGAAUAUAAUACAGUAGCUUAUAGGGUUAAUCAGGACCUAUCUCUCCUGUCCACUUUACAGAGCUCCGCUCAUGAAGCGGUUCAUGAUUUGUUACCUUUAAACCUCUAACCCUAAUCUGAUCUUGAUUUACACAGCCCUCACACGGGCCCCAAACACAAAGGCCCCCAGCGGCCCGUCAACGACAAGCUCUUAAUGCAGUAGAGAAAGAAGUAAAACCACGGUGAAUAAGUGAGUCAGUUCCUCUGGAGAGCUUCCUGUCAUUGUGUUCUUGAUGAUCAGACUGUAAAUUAGAUUCUGCUCUCAAUGUCCUGCCAUGAUGUUUCCAUGUGCCCAUGUUUCUGUCACAUGGGCUGUUUUCAUAACUGCCUGCUUUUAGAUUCAGUGGUGAAUCUAAAAUGAAAAUGAAAUAAAAAAUUGUCAUUAUUAA